UAUCUAAGUGUCCCAUCAAUUCGUUCUCCCAAAAUAAACCCCCAAACGAAACAAGAAAGAUAUUAGAAGACAUGAGAGCUAUUCAAACUUAUGUCAUACUCUUCUUCAUCUUAUUCAUAAUCACAACAAUAUCAACAGGAGCCCAAAAGAGUCCUCAUCAUGGAAACAACCAUGACCUCUCUAUCGCCAUAGAAGAAAUGGAGAAAGCAAACUACUUCUCUUUCGUGAUGCUCAUCAACAUGUUACACUCCACAAACCCUAGACUCCUAGCCAAUAUCACAUUCUUGAUGCCAAGGGACAAACCCCUUUCAAGAUCAAACAUUAUCCAACAAGAUUCCAUCUCCGAGUUCUUACUUCGCCACUCGAUCCCUUCUCCUCUUCUUUUCGAACAUCUCAACCUCAUCCCCAACGGCUCCAUUGUUCCGUCCUCUCUACCACAUUACACCCUCAAGGUCUCAAACGGUGGAAGAUUAAACUACUUUCUCAACAAUGUCAAGAUCAUAAGCCGCAACAUUUGUACGUUAGGUUCUAUCAAGUGCCAUGGGAUCGACGGAAUAUUACCAUCUCCAAGUGCUAUCAACGAUGAUUCUCCUCGUGAUAAUAAUCACACUUCCCCUUUCAUUUCUUGCCCUAGCAGCCACAACAAUAGUGAACACGAUAGUCCUCAUGACAAUAGUGAACACGAUAGUCCUCAUAACAAUAGUACUGAACACGAUAGUUCUCGUCCUGAUGAUCAUACUCAUACUCAUGUUGCUCCUCCUCCGACCAGCAGUCCGACUCUUGUGCCAAAAUCAGAUUCUUCUACAAUUCGUGAGGAUACGUCAGGUUUUGUCGUCCUUGUCGGAUUGCUAUCGUGCGUGAUGGGCAUAGCAAUGGCCAUGUAAAGUUUAACUCCGCGGACAGCACGGAUAACACCUACUAAUGUGUAACAGUAUUCACUUGUUAUAGUUUUUAUAUAUAUGUAAACAACAAGAAAAUAUGAAGUUUUCAUAUAUUGUAGCCAAUUCAUAUAUGUUUUUUUUUUUUUAAUUCUGAAAUUGCCUUUAAAGAUCUUUCUUAUGAAAUGAUUCGUAUUUAUUGAU